AUGAAAUUGACAUUACUCUUAACAUGUUUCGCAGCUCUUUUAGCUGUCACUUUAGUGCAAGCUGACGAUAUGGCAGAUGCCUUGAAGAAAUUCUGUGGAGGUAUUGCCAUCACAGCUCCUUCAAAGGGACAGACAUUCACCAAUCCUAAAACAGUCAAGGUUACAGUUACUAGAAAACCAAACGCCCAAGCCAAAGUUAUCAAUGCUGUUGAUGCUUAUUCUAUCGAUAGUAAAGGCAAAGCAACUUAUCUUCAAACAGUCUGGAAAGGAAGCUAUAGCUUAAACAAAAAGGCUACUCUAACUGUCGAUUUAACAAAGGCCAAGCAGGCUAAGUUUCCUGGACAAUUCGAAUUCCGUGUUUGGGUCCAUAAUAAGGCUGGUCCUGAUUGUACCUUAAUGUCCAAGGUUUUCAAGGCCAAAUCUUCAUCUCACUCUAACGCUGUUGAAGAAGCUGAAUACCAGAACUUGAAUGAAAAUAUUGAUCGUGGUUGUUUUGGAGUUGAAUUAACUGCUCCCAAGUUGGGUGGCGAAGUCUCAGCAGACCAACCUUUCACUGUUCAAAUUCAACGUGAUAGUGCCGCUCAUACUGAUUCUCUUCAGAAACUUGAACUAUACAAGGUUGAAUUAGACUCACGCCAAUCCACCAAAGUUCACGAUACUUGGAGUGGUAAUGAAGACAUUCAAAAUAUGAUAAACUUUAAGGAUACCAUCCCUGCUUCUGCCAAGGCUGCCAACACUGCUUUCUAUUACAAGUUGUCUGCUAAUACUCAACAUGACGAGACUUGUGAAUUCUACUCUCAUCCUUUCUACCUUAACUAAAUAUAAUACCAUAUCCUCGUUAGUAUGAAAAGUCCCUCAUUAUACGUUUUCUGUUUGAUUUCUGUACCCUUCUCUGUAUUAUUAUCGUGAUCUAUAAAUAAAAUCAAGGAACCUUUAACAAAUAGAGAGCAAUUGAUCAAUUUAU